AUGAUAGGUCCAAAAUAAUUAUUUCUUAUUCCCUUAGGAUUUUACCAAAAUCAAGAAGAUUAAAGUGUAGAAUGUUUAGAUGAUUUUGAAGUAAAAGUCUAAUCUAAAGAGGAAUGUUCUAUUACUCAAAUUAUCUAAACUUAAUAUUCUAACAAAAAGUUAGAGAAGAACAAUAAAAAAGUUAAAUUUAAUCCAAUUGUCAUUCGUUAUAACUUCUAUUAAAAUGAACCAGCUAUUAUUAUAUCUAAAUAGACAAAGAAAUUGAUUCUUUAGUAACCAAAUUUAAAAUGGAUUAAUCCAACCUUAAGUACAUGA